AUGGUGAAUCAGUCUUAUGAGUGGGUAGAAAAUGCAAUUGUGUUCAGGCCUAAUUUGAGGAACUGGCAAUCUGCUGUUCGGGAUGCAUUAUUAGAGGCUGGGAUUGAUCCAUACCAUGGAUUCAGUCUGGAUCAUGUUGUGGGCACUAAGAUUGGGGGCUCGACCUUUGACAGCUCGAACACGAGGCAUAGUGCAGCCGAUCUUCUAAACUAUGCAAACCCUUCGAACAUUAAAGUCGUGAUACACGCCAGUGUGGAGCGGGUUCUGCUGACAUCAUCAUCUUAUUCGAUUAAUUCAGGCAAGAAGCUGUCGGCCAAUGGGGUCGUGUUUCGUGAUCAGGCGGGCUUUUACCACCACGCCAUGGUGAGAGACAAGGGUGAGGUCCUGCUGUGUGCCGGGGCCCUUGGGAGCCCGCAGCUUCUGUUGCUGAGCGGGAUUGGGCCCAGGCCCUAUCUGGCCUCGUGGGGGAUUCCCGUGGCACGCCACUCGCCAUAUGUCGGUCGCUUCAUGUACGACAACCCAAGAAACGGGAUCUCGAUUUUGCCGAGAGUGCCCUUGGAUCAUUCCCUGAUACAGGUCGUGGGCAUCACCAGCUCCGGGUUUUAUCUGGAAGCGGCCUCGAAUAUUGUCCCCUUCACGUCCCCAGCCCGGCCCAUAUUUAUCAGGGCACCCAGCUCUUCACCUACUUACCUCACUGUUGCAACUCUGAUGGAGAAAAUAGUCGGGCCCCUCUCUUCAGGCUCCCUUAGGCUCGCAUCCACCAAUGUCAGGGUGAACCCGAUUGUCCGGUUCAACUACUUCAGGAACCCGACCGACCUCGAACUAUGCGUGAAUGGGACCCGGAAAAUUGCUAAUGUUCUCAGGAGCCGAUCAAUGAAUGGAUUCAGGUUCCGCCAGUGGUUCGGAGCCAGGGAAUUCCGGUAUGUCGGGCCUGUGCUGCCGCACGAUGUGUCGGAUGACGAGCAUAUGAGGGAGUUCUGCAGGCGUACGGUGAGCACCAUAUGGCACUACCAUGGGGGCUGCCUCGUGGGGAAGGUUGUGGACCGAGACCUGAAGGUUAUGGGGAUUGAUGCUCUCAGAGUUGUGGAUGGCUCGACUUUUACUGUGUCGCCUGGGACUAAUCCUCAGGCUACUCUUCUCAUGCUGGGAAGGUAUUUUGGUAUGAAAUUGCUUAGAGAACGAACAUGA